AUGAACGAUGUCUCACCAACGAGAGACAGUUCGAGCUCCGGCGUCCAUAUAGGAACCUGGAUCAACUGGUCUCAUGGACCCAUCCUUGGAGCAACCCUCACGCUUGACCGUCAGAGCGGAGGUCUUCUGAUCGCAGCCCUGGCACUGUUCAUCGCCUGGGCCGGCACCAGCUUCUGGAGGAUAUGCUGCUUCGUAUCCCAUCAGGUCUACUCAAGCAAUACCGCCCAGGAUGGUCUCUAUCACCAACGGCAGGCACUUCUCCGAAAUUCAGGUAGUCCCUGGCACGGACUCACGAGCUUACUCCACACCGGAUGGGCCUGGCGGCGGAACUCGAAGCUGUCGUUUUGCCGCACUCUACCCAUGGUCUUCUGCGCUGCCCUCUGCGCAUGUGCCUUCGCCAUUGCCAGCAUUUUCUCGUCUAUGGUAUCGACUUCGUCGGGGAAUGAAGUUCUGAUAUCCAGCCCAGAUUGCGGGUACACGAGUGCCCAGCUGGACAAUCCGGAUACUUUGGCCGCACAGACAUUUGAGCCGUACUUGCGACAAAAUGCACUCUCGUACGCCCAGUACGCGCAGCAGUGCUACCAGCCGAAUGCUUCUACUGUAGUCGAUUGCUCGCAAUUUGUCAAGAAAAACUUGAGCGGUACAGCCCAAACUGAUGCAAGCUGCGCAUUUGCCGACAACAUCUGCCAGAGAGACUCGGCAAACCUGGCUCUGGAUACCGGUCUUCUUGAUAGCAAUCAGGAUUUUGGACUGAACUCGCCCCCUGAAGAAACGUUCCAAUACCGUCGGAGAGUUCAGUGUGCACCGCUGAAGACGGAUGACUACAAGAAGCCAUACAGGGCGCGGAGUGGAAGGAGGUACAUGAGGUACUACUACGGAGAGAGGGUUUCAGGCGGGGUUCAGGCCGAUGACUACACUUACGAGUACUACGACAAUUCCCUUGCCGAUUUAAUCGAGACAAACAUGACAAGCGCCCCGGCAGACUACACUUUGAGCGGCUUCCGGUCCUUUUCAAUCAACAGUACGCUCUCUCCAGCCGCGUCGGAAUUCCUGCCCAUCCCGCCUCUCCGCAUCCCCAACGCCGACGUCUCCAUCUUCUUCCUCUCGGGCAACCAGAUCAUCUACACGGUCCCCACAAACGACAGCUGGUACCGCGGCGACCGCCUCCUCCACGCGCCGGCGCCUCCGCCCAUCCCAGCGCCCGAGCCGGGAACCCAAGGCCCGUACUUCUCCAGCGAAGCAGCGUCGCCCCUCGCGUGCGCGGUGCAAGAGCAGUACUGCAGCGCCAGCCUCCCACCGGACCGGCGCUGCUCGGCCCUCGCCUCGUCGGCCGACGCGCUCGCCGACAUCACGAGCAAGCUGCUGACCGACGACGAGGCGGGCGUGCACCGGCUCCAGUGGUUCGUGGCGUCGACGACGGGGCGGGCGCCGGACCUGUCGACGGCGGUCGGCCGGCUGGGGGCGCAGCUGCUGACGGGAAGGUACAGGCUGUCGCAGGAUGGGGUGCAGGGGGGCUUGCUGCCGGACGGGCAGUGGCAGGCGGAUGUGAUGCAUUGGCAUGCGAUGACCAUGGCGGCGUUGCAGGAUGCAUUCGUGCAGACGGCGACGGGGCCGCCUGGGGAUGGGGUGCUACUGCCGUGGCUGGUGAGGCCGUCGAGCCCGGUGGAGGAAGCCAUGUGUAGGAAUCAGAAAAUCCUCAGCCGAUCCCACACCUCCUUCGCCCUCUUCCCGCUCCUCCUGAUCCUCGCCGCGGGCGUGCUCGUCAUCCUCACCUCCUGGUGCCUGCCGUAUUUCCUCGUCUUCAUCGCCCGUCGUCGUCUCAUCUACGCCCACCGCCACCGUUCUCUCCCCUCUUCCCCGGAGUCCCCUCCCACGGCCGCGAACAACGCCAGCACCGACACCCCCCAGCCCACGACCGCCACCGCAACCAUCCCCACCGCCGACGUCGCCGACCCGACCACCUACGCCCGCUACGAAUGGCUCGCCACCUCGACGCCCCAACUCAUCCGCCUCGCGCACGAGGACGUCCCCGGCCUAAGCACGACCUGGACGCGCGCAGGGACGAGCAUACCCGUCACGACGCGACGCCACGCCACCACGACGACGACAACCGCCAGCGGCAUCAACAGCAUCAACACCGAAAAACCCACCCCAACCACCCCAACCGCCACCCCCAACCCCACCCCCAACGCCCUCGCCAUCCUCGACCUCUCCACCCCCACCCACCCGCGCCUCGCCCCGGCACCGCCGCCCUCCCCCCCAACAAAAAAGCAAAAGAACAAGAAGAAAUCCAAACCCCUCUCCCUCCUCGCAUCGUCAGGCGCCCGCGACGGCCCCCGCGCCGGCAGCACGUCGGGCGGCGUCGAGAUGCGCUCCACCACGACCACGACCACGACCACGACCACCCCUCUCCCCAAACUGCUGCCCGAAAUCAAACUCUGCGAGGUGAGCGGUUCGACGACGGCGGAGCUGGGCGGGGGUGAGGGGGAUCGGCUGGGCGAGGGGGACGCAGACGCGUCGCAGCGGUCCGGGUCGGGAAGCACGGCGGUGGGGGUGGCGGUCAAGGCGGCGGGGGAUGCGGCGGCGGCGGAGUGCGUCGCUGCGCAUGCUGCUGCUGCGCAUGCUGCUCAUGCUGCUGCGGGGACGGGGGUUGGUGGCGGUGCGGGUGCGGGUGCGGGUGCGGGUCUGGGUGGUGGGAGGGAGAGGGAGGGGGCAACCACCACCGGCGGAGGUAGGAGGGCUAGGGAGACGAGGGAGGAGCAGCGGCGGAGGGAGAUCAGGGAGAGGGAGGAUGUUUUGUUGAGCGAGCCGCUGCUGCCGGAUUAUGAGAAUUGGCCGUUGCCGCCGAGUGGGUCGUUGACGCCGACGGGGGAGGGGGAGGCCGGGGAGAGGGAGGGGGAGAGGGAGCGGCGGAGGAGGGAUGGGGGUGGUGGUGGUGGUGGCGAUGAUGGUGUUGGGGCUGGUGAUGGGGGCGAGCAGCUGGGUGCAGGGCGGGUGAGGAGGAAGAGGUCGGAGGGGGCUUUUUUGUAG